ACACACACACACACACACACACACUGAGCACACCAUACACCUCCAGCUUUUCUUGUGGUUCGGUUCAGGUCAAUAAUAAUAGUAAUUUAGAUUUUAUAAUGCAGCUUGUUAACUCCUGCGUUGUAACAACAGCAUUGAUCAUUUACGCGAAUUAAACCGGGUAUAACUCAAUUGCACGUGCACGUGUAAUAUGAAUGCGCGCGUUCUCGUGCUAUUAAAUCUUACUGCUAUUUAACAACUUUGGCAUUUUUAAAAUUGAAGUUAAAAAAAAAGGAAUUUUAAGUAUAAAAAGUCCACUCCUCCUCUCCUCUCUGUCCUGCCCUCUCUUACAGCGGCCCCGGUGAUUGGACAGUCGUGCGCUCGUUGGUGUGUGUGAAGUGUGUGUGUGUGUGGUAUAUGUGUGUGUUUACUAGCGUCGCGAUCCCACGUGCGGCGUGUAUGGAGGCGGCGGCCCGCGCGCGGACUCGGCACCCGGGACGAUGAGCGGCGCGCCGCGCGACCCUUUUUACUCCUCGCCAUUCGGCCCGUUCUACCGGAGGCACGCACCCAGCGCCGCGCAGCCGCAGUACCGCAUCCACGAACUCAACAAGCGGCUCCAGAGCCGGAGCGAGGAUUGUGAUAUACUAUGGUGGGAUGCUUUCUGCACUGAAUUCUUUGAGGACGACGCAACGUUAACGCUUUCCUUCUGUCUCGAGGAUGGACCAAAGACAUACACGAUCGGACGGGCGCUGAUCCCCCGUUUCUUCAGCACGCUGUACGAAGGGGGAGUGUACGAGCUGUUUUUCGAGCUCAAGCACACAAAAGAGUCAUUCAGCAGCUCAACCAUCACUGUAGACUGCCACCAGUGCACCAUGAUAACACAACAUGGCAAGCCCACGUUCACAAAGGUGUGCACAGAGGGCCGUCUGAUUUUGGUGUUCACCUUCGAUGACCUCAUGAGAAUCAAGACGUGGCACUUCACUAUCUCACACUACAACGAGCUCAUUCCUCGCAGCAUGCUCGCCGUUCAUGCACAAGACCCUGGAGCUCUGGAGCAACUGUCCAAAAACAUCAGCAGAGUGGGACUAACCAAUCUCACACUGAACUACCUCAGACUGUGUAUGAUUCUUGAGCCAAUGCAGGAGCUGAUGUCAAGGCACAAAACAUACGGCUUGAGUCCCAGAGAUUGCCUGAAGACCUGCCUCUUUCACCAGUGGCAAAGGAUGACAACACCACCAGUCGGACCUGCACCCAACUUUAAGACAGAAAUUUUUCAGUCAAGUUCCAAAAAAUCUGAAACAGCCAAACCAACAGCGAAGAGAAGAAGAAGGCGAAACUCUGCUGGCAGCGCAUCCAAUAGCACCGCAGGAAACAGUAAGAAACGCAGCCCAGCCAACAGCUUCAGUUUGCCCACGCAGCCCAAACGCGUCGCCGGCGAAUCGAGGGGUGGCGGGUGGCUGGAGGCGGAGCUUAGGAUGUGAUGGUGGUGGGGGAGCCCUCUCUGAUGGGAGCCGAGUUGGGAGACGUGGACGAGCGUCUGAUCACCAGGCUGGAGAACGAUCAGUACGACCCUGCUGGCGGUCUCCGGGACGACGGUCGCCAUGACUACACCAACUCGCAGGCACUCAGCAACAGCAACCGGGACGGCGAGCCCACCACCGUGGCGAUGCAGCGGCCGGAGUAACGGGAGCGUUACAGGAAAGGAUUGAGCAAGGGGUGUGAGAGCGUGCUCGUUUUGGGGAUGAAGUGUGUGUGUGUGUGUGUGUGUGUGUGUGUGUGUGUGUGUGUGUGUGUGUGUGUGUGUGUGUGUGUGUGUGUGUGUGUGUGAGCGAGAGAAAGACAGAUA